GGCAGAGUUAAAAAAAAAAUGGCGGCGGCAAUUCGGAUUCGGGCGGUGGCGGCUGGAGCGAGGCUCAGCAUUCUGAAUUGCGGCCUCGGCACCAGGAUCCGCAGCCUUUGCAGCCAGCCGGUGUCAGUUAAUGAGCGCAUCGACCACAAGCGCCAUGCCGCGCUGCUGGGAGGAGGCCAGCGCCGCAUCGAUGCGCAGCACAAGCGAGGAAAGCUAACAGCCAGGGAGCGGAUCAGUCUCCUUCUGGAUCCUGGAAGCUUCGUGGAGAGCGACAUGUUUGUGGAACACAGAUGUGCCGACUUUGGGAUGGCUGCUGAUAAGAAUAAGUUUCCUGGAGAUAGCGUGGUCACUGGACGGGGCCGAAUCAAUGGACGAUUGGUUUAUGUCUUCAGUCAGGAUUUUACAGUUUUUGGAGGCAGUCUGUCAGGAGCACAUGCUCAAAAGAUCUGCAAAAUCAUGGACCAGGCCAUAACAGUGGGGGCUCCAGUGAUCGGGCUCAAUGACUCCGGGGGCGCCAGGAUCCAGGAGGGGGUGGAGUCCUUGGCUGGCUACGCAGACAUCUUCCUGAGGAAUGUCACAGCGUCCGGAGUCAUCCCUCAGAUUUCUCUGAUCAUGGGCCCAUGUGCUGGUGGGGCUGUCUACUCUCCUGCCCUAACAGACUUCACAUUCAUGGUCAAGAUCGGUCUGGACCGCUCAGAUCUCCUCUGCAGGAGAUACACUGUCCUUGAAGCAGUACCCGUUGAUAUUAUGCAAACCUAUUCAUCCUCCAUGACUGUGGAAGGAGCUGAUGGAAGAGCCCGGGUUCUUUCUACCCUGCUCUGCUCACACUGGGCUCUGCCCACACUGGUGUGCUUGCCUGAAAUCCCAGCAGCAGCACCUCUGUGUCAGACCAGCAAGGACACGUCUUACCUGUUUAUCACUGGCCCUGAAGUUGUGAAGUCUGUUACCAAUGAGGAUGUCACUCAGGAGCAGCUGGGUGGUGCCAAGACCCACACCACUGUGUCAGGUGUGGCCCACAGAGCUUUCGACAAUGACGUCGAUGCUCUGUGUAACCUGCGUGAGUUCUUCAACUUCCUGCCCCUCAGCAGCCAGGACCCGGCUCCUAUCCGAGAGUGCCAUGACCCCAGUGACCGUCUGGUUCCUGAGCUGGAUACAGUUGUCCCUUUGGAGUCGAGCAAAGCCUACAACAUGCUGGACAUCAUACAUGCAGUGAUUGAUGAGAGAGAGUUUUUUGAGAUCAUGCCCAACUAUGCAAAAAACAUUGUCGUUGGCUUUGCAAGGAUGAAUGGGAGGACCGUUGGAAUUGUUGGCAACCAGCCCAAUGUGGCCUCAGGGUGCUUGGACAUUAAUUCAUCUGUGAAGGGGGCUCGUUUUGUUAGAUUCUGUGAUGCAUUCAACAUUCCCCUCAUCACUUUUGUUGAUGUCCCUGGCUUCCUGCCUGGCACGGCGCAGGAAUAUGGGGGCAUCAUACGGCACGGUGCCAAGCUGCUCUACGCGUUCGCUGAGGCAACUGUGCCCAAAAUUACAGUCAUCACCAGGAAGGCCUAUGGAGGUGCCUAUGAUGUCAUGAGCUCCAAACACCUUCUUGGUGACACCAACUAUGCCUGGCCCACAGCUGAGAUUGCAGUUAUGGGUGCAAAGGGUGCUGUGGAGAUCAUCUUCAAAGGACACCAAGAUGUGGAAGCUGCCCAGGCAGAAUACGUGGAGAAGUUUGCCAACCCUUUCCCUGCAGCCGUGAGAGGGUUUGUAGAUGACAUCAUCCAGCCAUCCUCUACUCGUGUUCGGAUAUGCUGUGACCUGGAAGUCCUGGCCAGCAAGAAGGUCCAUCGUCCUUGGCGGAAACAUGCGAAUAUCCCACUGUGAACAGAUCAGAGGAAAUAGAGCGUCAGUUGAGAAGCUGGCCUUUUGCAGCCUACCCCUGCCUUUUACAAUCAUGAAAAAUCAGAUCUGCGCACCUUGGACACUGAUUGCAUAAAGAAUUCCUGUGCCUGCAGUAAAGUUAUGUGCUCUAUGAAAACAUUCAUUGGUACUUUCUGAAUAUUUCAUUUUUAUAGUAAAAAUCUCAAUCUAAACAAGAAAACCAGAAGGGGAAUGGGGGCGAGGCAGAAUUGUAGUUGCCUGGCUCUGGUUCACACUGAUGUGGGUAAUGAUUCCUGUGGCCCUCAGAGGUCGUCUACAUGUUGGAGCUUGGACUCCAUGUGGGGCGUGAGAGGAGAGAGGAAGUGGGAGGUACUGAGGUCAGCUGGGCUGGGCUCUGUGCUGCUGAGAGGCUGAGAGUUCUUAGUCUUUGCCCAGCUGCUUGAUGGCUGUGUGAUGUCUCAGUCCCCCUUACCCCAUGCAUGCUCCACGGUGUGCUACACCAGGAGGGUUGUCACCAGAACUUCACCAAUGGUAGCACCUUGCCAUGGGAUCUCAGAAUUAUGAGCUAACUAAAUCCUAAAUCUCUUCAUAAAAUUAACCUGCCUUCAGGAUUUUGUUAUAGCAAUAAAAACAGAUUAAUACAACA